GUACGCCUGGUAUUAAAGUUCUCAUGCCUGCACUUUCUCCUACAAUGGAAGAAGGAAACAUUGUGAAAUGGUUAAAAAAGGAAGGUGAAACAGUGAAUGCUGGAGAUGCACUGUGUGAAAUUGAAACAGACAAAGCAGUGGUUACCAUGGAAUCAAGUGAUGAUGGCAUAUUGGCUAAAAUACUGGUGGAAGAAGGAACCAAAAACGUACGCUUGGGCUCACUAAUUGGUCUGCUGGUAGAGGAAGGACAGGACUGGAAGCAAGUUGAAAUACCAGCUGAUGGUAGUGAUCCAUCUUCUCUGGCUCCACCAGCAGCAGUGCUUACCUCAGCUCCUGCAGGUCCUUCAGUUUCAGCCCCUCCUAAACUGGAACAUCAACCUGGAAAAUUGCAGGUUCGCUUAAGUCCUGCAGCUCGCAACAUUCUGGAGACGCAUGGACUAGAUUCAAGCAAUAUUACACCUUCUGGGCCUCGAGGAAUCUUCACGAAAGAAGAUGCUCUCAAACUUCUACAAGAGAAGCAGAAGGGCAAACCCAGUGAAUUGAAACCUGUGGUUUCUCCAGCUCCUCCCCAGCCUACUGCAGUGCCUUCUGCUUCACAAGCGACAGCUGUGACUUCUGCUUAUCCAAGGCCAACAGUUCCACCAGUUUCCACACCUGGACAACCUGCUGCACUGGUAACGUUUCUGCUAAGUCCUCAGCAUUGCUGCAGCUAA